AUGAUAGACUUAGAUGGAUCGGACUCAAGUCCGGAGAUCUUCACUCCAGAACCUGAGACGGGAUCUCAAUCUCAACCGCUCACUCUAAUCAGCAAUACCCUCGAACAUACCUUCAUAAUACCCACCUUCUUAUACGCCAACGCGAUUCAAUUACGAGAUAGAUUUCUCAAAACACUUAUCAACCCAAGCAAACAGGAUAAUGAGGGUUAUAACCCGUUAUCUAUUAUUGAGCUUGUCUCGGAGUUCCUCUGCUUCAUCGCCAAGGAAGUAGAAACACAUAUCGAUCCUAGCUUCGAUAAGGAGGUGCUUAAUUUCGUCCUGCAGUCGUUCGAAAGGGAGCUACUGCACGGCGAGGAAGUUCAUGCGUUUGUCGCAGGGCUUCCGGAUGAUAUUGACAAACUUAUGGUAAUCCGGUCAUAUUAUCUCGCCGUCGGGGCAGUAAGGCGACCUACGGGUGCGCCAGAGUCAGCACUCAUGCGUGCAGCUUUAAAAGGCACCGCUCGUGUGUAUGCUGUAUUCGGCGGCCAGGGUAAUACGAAAACUUAUCUUGACGAACUACGGGAUGUUCAUGAUGUCUAUCCAACACUCACAAAACGAUUCCUUGUCCCUGCGGCGCGUUUCCUUGAACGCCUCUCACGCGACGUCAGGGCUUCUCAAGCCUUUGCCCACGGCCUGGAUAUCAUGCGCUGGCUGGAACAACCCGACUCCCAGCCGGAUUACGAUUAUCUUGUUUCGGCGCCAGUGAGCUUUCCCCUCAUUGGCUUGCUGCAAAUUCUUCAUUAUAUAGUCACAACUUCCGCCCUUGGAACGCAUCCUGGCGGCAUGAGAAAUCGCCUUUCGGGUACGACAGGUCAUUCUCAGGGCGUCAUCCUCGCAGCCAUAAUCGCCGCAUCCGCAGAUUGGCAGAGUUUUGAGAUACAGGGCAAAAAGGCGCUCACGAUACUGUUUUGGAUUGGCGUUCGCAGUCAGGAGGCAUACCCACUCCCCUCUAUCCCACCAAGUGCUCUGGAGGACUCGGUAACACAUGGCGAGGGUGAGCCAACCGCUGCCCUCUCUAUUAGGGGUGUGGCUCGAGAAGUCCUCGAAAAACACAUUGCGAAAGUGAAUGGGGUUCUUCAGGAAGACCGACAUAUCGUUAUAGCCUUAGUAAAUGGCACAAAGAACUUUGUGGUUGCUGGCCCGCCGAUGGCAUUGUACGGGCUCAAUAAGCAACUUCGCCGGGUGAAAGCAAGCGAGAAUGUGGAUGAGUCUCGCAUACCAUUUAGCCAAAGGAAGUUGAACAUCAUGAACAGAUUCCUUCCAAUAACGGCCCCAUUCCACAGCCCCUAUCUACGAUCGGCUAUAGAAGCGCUUCAAGAUGACCUAAGAGAGACGAUCAUAUCUCCCAGCGAGCUCGCCAUCCCGGUAUACUCAACCUUCAGCGGGAAAGACAUCAGGAAUGAACUACAGGGGACAGACAACAUUGUGCCCUCUCUUGUGAAGAUGAUUUGCCAAGAUCCUGUACACUGGGAUGAGUCCAUCGCAAUGCCUGAUGCGACACAUAUACUGGACUUUGGUCCCGGGCGUAGUGCAGGUGUUGCUGGCCUCACAAGUCGCAUUAAAGACGGCACCGGAGCCCGUGUCAUCCUCGCAACCAACAUCACUAACCCGACGCACCCCGAAAUUGGCUGCAAGCAUGAGAUCUUUGCUCGAAAGAGGUCAGAUCUUGCAUACGGCACGAACUGGGCUAAGCAAUAUGGUCCGAAAUUGAUAAAGACUUCCACUGGCCGGACGUUCGUCGAUACCAAGAUGAGCAGGCUGCUUGGUCUUCCGCCAGUCAUGAUUGCCGGAAUGACUCCUACAACGGUACACUGGGACUUUGUAGUCGCCGCAAUGAAAGCAGGGUAUGAAGUCGAGCUCGCAUGCGGUGGCUAUUACGACGCGAAUAGCUUGACCGAGUCGAUAACGAAGAUUUCAAAGGAGAUUCCUCCCGGCCGCGGCAUAGUCCUCAACGUCAUUUAUGCCAGCCCUAAAGCUAUUUCCUGGCAGAUCCCACUUAUACGCGAUUUAUGUGCGAAAGGGUUGCCGAUAAAGGGGCUAACUAUUGGCGCCGGCGUUCCAUCUCUCGAGAUCGCGAAUGAAUACAUCCGAACGCUCGGAAUUAGGCAAAUCGGAUUCAAACCCGGGUCCGUCCAAGCCAUCCAGCAGGUGGUUAAAAUUGCACAGGCUAAUCCAGGGUUUCCGAUAAUAAUGCAGUGGACUGGUGGCCGUGGUGGCGGGCACCACUCAUGCGAAGAUUUUCACGAACCGAUCCUAGAGAUGUACGGUAAAAUACGGCGUUGUUCUAAUAUUGUGCUGGUGGCCGGUUCCGGGUUUGGUGGCCCAGAUGAUACUUACCCCUAUUUAAGUGGCACUUGGGCUAAGAAAUUCGGUCUCCCGCUUAUGCCUUUUGACGGGGUGCUCCUUGGGAGUCGGUGUAUGGUGGCCAGGGAGGCACAUACAUCUAAAGAGGCAAAGCAAGCUAUCGUUGAUGCGCACGGCCUUGACGACCGAGAAUGGGAGAGAACAUAUCAGAAACCUGUCGGCGGAGGUGGGAUCAUCACCGUCCGAUCGGAGAUGGGAGAGCCUAUCCACAAGCUCGCCACGCGCGGCGUCGUUUUCUGGGCUGAGAUGGACCAGAAAAUAUUUAGCCUACCUAAGGAUAAGCGCCUCCUCGAAUUAAAGAAAAAAGAUACUCGAGAGUAUAUUAUUCGACGGCUUAAUGCCGACUUCCAGAAACCAUGGUUUGGCCUCACUGCUUCUGGCAAAGCCGUUGACCUCCGGGAGAUGACUUAUGUCGAGGUUAUUUCCAGGAUGAUCGAUCUUAUGUUCAUCAAACACCAGAAAAGGUGGAUUGAUAAGUCUCUUGCCAAGUUAACAGGGGACUUUAUCAGCUACGUCGAGCAACGCCUUGCUACACACGCGAGUACAGCCAACAGCCAACUCAUAAAGACGUACAAGGAACUUGACGACCCACUGCCCACCAUCAGCAGACUGCUCGCAAUAUAUCCCUCGGCGGCUACGCAGCUUAUGAACUCUCAGGACUGCUUACAUUUCUUAAGUCUUUGCAAGCGCCCUAACCAAAAGCCGGUACCAUUCGUCCCAUGUCUAGAUGAAGACUUUGAAGUAUGGUUCAAAAAGGACUCAUUGUGGCAGUCCGAGGACCUCGACGCAGUGAUCGACCAGGACGUAGGCAGAGUCUGCGUCCUCCACGGACCUGUUGCUGCCAAGCACUCAACUACUACCGAGGAACCCAUUAAAGAAAUUCUCGAUCGCAUUCACGGGGGCCAUAUAAGAAUUCUCACACAAGACCUUUAUAAUGGUAGUGAGGAGAAUAUACCAACUGUUGAAUAUUUCGGAGACAAGAUGGCAGACACUGCUCACGAUACUCGCCUUAUCCUCGAAGGAGUCGCUAUUUCCGAGACCAGAAAUGAGUUAAGACUAUUUAUCCCGGGAACAACAGUUCCAGACAAAGAUGAGUGGAUGCAACUACUUGCAGGCGAUCAGACUAUGUGGCGUCGCGCUCUAUUUACUACGGAUGUCUUCGUUCAGGGGUAUCGCCUUGAAGCCAAUCCACUACGCCGUCUUCUUGCCCCUACUCGCGGGAUGGUCAUACAUAUAGCACAACCAGACGACUCGGAUAAGACGGUUAUUACCGUCGAGGAAAACGUCAGUGGAAAACAGUUACCAACGAUGAAAAUAGGCCCCUUGUCUGGCAACGUCAUUCCCUUAUAUCUCAUCGAGCACCGAACCGCACUGGGUAGCCCAGCCAUACUCCCGCUUUUAUUUACUUAUCAUCCUGAAGCGGGCUAUGCGCCUAUCCAUGAGGAAAUGGCUUCUCGAGACGAGCGUAUUAAAGAUUUCUACUACAAGCUUUGGUUUGGUACCGAUAGACCCGAUAUCCGCUUAGAUGCAGCGAUGUCUCAUGUCAAACCCUGGGAUGGUGGCGAAACUACCAUCUCUAGCCCAGCCAUACGUGAGUUCGCACGCGCAGUGGGUAACACUGCUGAGGCCUAUAUUCAACGGCCUGGCAGAGAUCAUCUCGCGCCUAUGGACUUCGCUAUCAUUGUCGGCUGGAAGGCUCUCAUGGAGCCCCUAUUCCAUGCUGUCGACGGAGAUCUGUUGAAGCUUGUCCACCUCUCUAAUCGCUUCCGCAUGGUCCCCGGAGCGACUCCGUUCAAGAAGGGCGACACGCUAAGCGCAACUUCCGAAAUCAUCGCUAUUAUCAACCAAGACUCGGGUCAAAUGGUUGAGGUCUGUGGCACAAUCACGCGAGACGGCGGGAACCCCGUGAUGGAGGUCACGUCGCAGUUCUUCUACCGCGGCAUCUUCGCUGACUACAAGAAGACGUUCCAGCGUAAGGCUGAGCCUCAAGUCAGAGUAGCACUCAAGGGCCCCAAGGAAGUUGCCGUGCUAAAAGCCAAGAAGUGGCUCAAGUUAGAAGGAGACGCCGACGAUCUUCUGUUAGGUCGUAGCGUCGUAUUCAAGCUACACACCUCGACCCGAUUCAGCGACAAGGUCGUAUUUGCCUCCGUCGAAACCAGCGGUACGGUCGAGAUCGAAAUCGCAACUACCAAGGAGCUGGUCCGCGUGGGGACGGUGAAUUACGUCUCCGAUGGGCCUUCACGCGGGAACCCGGUCCUGGAAUACCUUGCUCGGAACGGGUCUGAGCUGGACCAGCCCGUCUAUUUCAAGCACCCGAUCCCGAUACAGAACAACUAUAGUAAAGCUCCUCUAGAGAUCGAAGCGCCUGUCUCCAACGAGAAUUAUGCCCGUGUGUCGGGAGAUUUCAACCCAGUUCACGUUUCACGCGUCUUCUCCAAAUACGUCAAUUUACCAGGCACGAUAACUCAUGGCAUGUACACCAGUGGUGCGGUCAGGAGCUUGGUCGAGACCUGGGCGACGGAGAACAAUGCUCACAGGAUGCGCGACUAUAAUGUCAAGUUUGUCGGGAUGGUGCUCCCUGGAGAUCGGCUCGAGGUUCAGCUGCACCACAUAGGUAUGGUGUCUGGCCGCAUGAUUAUCCAAAUUGAGGUGGUUAAGAGCGGCGAGACAAGAGAAAAGGUAUUAGUCGGUGAAGCUAUCAUCGAGCAGCCCACAUCUGCGUAUAUAUUCACAGGCCAGGGUUCUCAAGAGAAGGGGAUGGGAAUGGAAUUGUAUGAUAAGAGUGCGGUAGCUAGAGACGUCUGGGACCGUGCCGACAAACAUUUCCUUGAUACUUUCGGCUUCUCUAUUCUUCACAUCGUCCGCAACGAUCCAAAGGAGCUCACGGUGUACUUCGGUGGCGCUCGAGGCAAAGCCAUCCGACAAAACUACAUGGCCAUGACCUACCAAAGCCUCGAGCCGGCCGCAGACGGUAGUCCUAAACAGGAGAAGGUUUUUAAGACUAUAACGGAGUAUACAACGUCGUAUACCUUCCGCUCGCCGACCGGAUUGCUCUCGGCAACACAGUUCACACAACCAGCACUUACGCUGAUGCAAAUGGCAGUCUUUGAGGACCUACGAGCUCAAGGUGCCAUUCAGAAGGACAGUAUUUUCGCCGGGCAUUCCCUAGGUGAAUACAGUGCCCUCGCAUCCAUCGCCAAGGUGAUGCCGGUUGAGACGCUCGUGUCAGUGGUGUUCUACCGCGGUUUGUGCAUGCAAGUUGCUGUUGAAAGAGACGAAGCUGGCCGCUCAGACUACUCGAUGUGCGCCGUUGAUCCUUCACGGGCCAGUACACGGUUCGGCGAGCAGGCGCUCAAGCGCGUAGUCAAAGAAAUCGGCGACGUCACAGGCUCAUUCCUAGAGAUCGUCAACUACAAUAUCCGCAACAUGCAAUAUGUCUGUGCAGGCGACCUGCGUGGCCUGGACGUGCUAGGCUAUGUUAUGGACAGUAUUAAGGCACAUAAUGUAGAUGUGCGUCAUCUCGAGUCAGAGGAAAAUAACAAUCUACUGGUCAGAGUGAUCAAAGAGGCAGACCGGCACUCGAGAGCUAAGCCUAUGCCGCUUGAGCUAUUGCGAGGCCGAGCUACGGUACCGCUCCGGGGGAUCGAUGUCCCGUUUCAUAGCUCGUACCUACGACCCGGAGUGCAAUCGUUCCGCUCGUUCUUACUCAAGAACCUCGAGGAGAAGAGCAUCGACCCGGAACAGCUUGUUGGGAAGUACGUGCCGAACCUGACGGCCAGGCCAUUCGAACUUACAAGGGAUUACUUUGAGUAUGUACAUAGCAUGACCCAGUCUCCUCGCAUCGGCAAGGUUCUAGAAGCCUGGGAGUAA